CAUAGACUAACCCCUUUCAACUAUCAGUCUCAACUUCUCGCAACAUACAAUAACUACUUAUCCACAACAAUUCCAUAGACUAUCCAAAGUUCCAAGAAAGAUGAAAAACUAUCUAAACCGCAAAGUUUCUGCGGAGAUUCUUCGCGAUCUCUACGAGUGCUGGCUGAUUUUCUUCACCGGGAUCUUCGUGCACUACAACCAUUGGCGUUUGCUGGCCUACGAGACAAUGUCGCCGCUGGAUCCGCUGGUCAAUCAACCCGUGGGCGACAAUCAGCGCUGGGCGGGCGUCUUCUUCGGCAGCGGCGUUCUCUUGGCCCUCCUGCAGUACCGGCCGCUCUGGGUCCGCCGGUGUCGUCAUCGCGUCCACCUGCUGAUGCUGCUGGCCGAGAUGAUGCUGAUGCUCCAGCUGGCCGAGUGGACGGAUCGCCAGCUGUGGCAGCCCUUCCUGGGCAUCGUCGGCGAUUUGUUUCUCGCUCUGGGACGAGCCGAAUGGGGCAACUGGCUGCAGAGCCACCUGCCGGCGAUUGUGGGCACCCAGCUGUUGAGUGGCGACGCCUUCGACAUCUUCCGCCUGCUCGCCUCGCUGGCCAUCUUUGUGGCCGCCUUCGACUCGACAGCCGUCGGCUGGCGCAACUCGGUGGAGUUCCUGCUGAUCGGCUACCUGCCGGAAACCUCGGCCUGCCGACAGCUCAUCUGGGAGGAGCAGGAGAAGAAGGGUCGCGAGCGGCGGAAGAGUGGCCAGCUGCCGAAUCCCUCGCCCGAGCUGCUCAUCUACAAGCGCCUGUGCUACAUCUGCAUGCAGCGUAUGAACUCGGAUCUCCAGGAUGAUGGUGAAUAUAACCAGUCCUGAUAACUCAAAAAACCUGAUAACUCAAAAAACCUGAUAACUAAAAAGCAAAAAAAAUUCCCAAAGUUGCACAGCGGUUGAAAGACCACUGUAGUUGUUUACUUUAAUUUGAUAACUUGUGAUAUUCUCCAAAUUAAAAUUUAAAAAAAUAUAAAAAUUUUCAAAUCUUCCCGAAUAAAUGUUCCUUAACCAUCGGUUAAAAAUAAAAAGGUAAGUAAACUAUUAAAUACUCUACGGUAUUUUAUGUGUCCAUAUGAUACAAUAAUAAAUAACAAAAUAUUAAAAUGAUUGUUUUAUCACAAUGUGCUACAUCUGAAUGCAGCGUAUGAACUCGGAUCUCCUGGAUGAUGCUGAAUAUCCUCAGUC